GAAAAAAUGAAGGAAGUUUCGAAAGGGAACCAGCCAUAUGAAAAAGGAAGUGAACAGAAAAUGAAAAAUUCAUCUAAAUAAUGAAAGAAAUUUCAGUCGUCCUUUUCUUAAUCCUGUUUCUUGGUUUUUUUCGACCCAUCACAGAUACACUCAACAUAGAGCCAAAGUUAUGUCACAGUAAAGAAAACUCGUAAAGUAAGACGGAAAAAUCGAAUCCAGACCGCUGUCUUGUCUAUCGUAAGACACCCUCUUGACUAAAGCGGAUGGAUUGAAUCGCCCAUUCGUUUCUCACUCUCACUUACUCUCUCACUCACACACACACACUCUCUCUAUAGUCCUGUUUUUGUCUGUGUAUGUGCCUCGGCUAAUGCCAAUGUCAAUGGCAGUUUCUGUGUGUUGUGCUGCUUCUCUACAUAUUUGUUUCCUGUUAUUUGCAUUAGCUUCCACAUGCGCGCGAAAUCUCGCUUUCUAGUUUUCAGUUUUCCUUGAUCUAUCUUUGACGCUGUUUUUUUUUUUCUUCUUCAUCGAUUUUGGAAUUUGCUUUGUUCGGAUACGGGUAAAAGAACAACUAGGCAAUUUCCGUAGUCUCGAUAAUGUUGUCUCAAACGGCGAGCAAAAGGCCCCGUUUCGGUAUUUUAUUUUCUUAUUGAAUUCUUGUUGAAUGAUGGGAGCAUUCAUGAUUCAUCCUCAUGGAAACUUUUCUUUUGGAAUUGCCAAGAUUUCCCUAUAUCGUGCGCACCUCUCUACCUUGCGUUGCCUCUGCCUGCCUUGACUGAACUAGACCUUUUUUUUUUUUUGUUGCUGUCUAGUCCAAAAGAUAACAUAUUUAUAAAAGAAUUGAUCCUGCGGAAUUCCUUACAAUUCCACUGUUCAUUCAUUCUUUUUACUUAUUGUUUACUCCCCUUUGCUUCUUUUCUUGAACCCGCGUUUCAUAUUAGAGUUGCUCUAUAAGCUCAUGUUUAGCGAACAGAAAAGACGCAAAGGUGUCUUUCCGAAUAUUUUCAAGCUAUUCUUGUUGGAGUAGGUUCGUCUUUGAAUAAUUAAAAGGAUGAAGAAAAAACUUUUGUGCAAUGGAGUCAAACACUCCUUGAUGAUUUUCUCCUGGCCGUAACGUUUUGUGUCGAUACAAUGGUUCCAGCAAACCCUUUCCUGAGUCAGUCGUUUUUGGAACAAGAAAAAAGCAAACCAGUCAAUUACUUACAAUCAUUUCAUACAAUCCUCAUUAAUUUUAUAUCCCACCUAUUUCCUACCUUUUCUUAUUUUCUUUUCCGGAAAACUUCGGUCAAUUCGGUAACCUCUCACCGAAGCGAACAGAAAGGCACACAGCUUGGGCUCUGCCAAAAGGCUUACAAAAACACAUCGUUACCAUUGUAGUUGAUUUUCCACAAUUAAGACUUGAUUUCUAAUUUUUGCCUUCAUUGACUCCUUUGAACACCAUGGUCGCCGUCACCAAAAACAAAAAGAAGCAGCCAUCCAUCCCUAUUGAAGACCUGGACAUUCCUCAGUUGAAUACCUCCAGCAACCCUCAGACAAAAAUCCAGAAAAAGGGUAAAAAGAAGGGGAAAAAGUUUGCCGAGUCUACCGAUGAUCUGCAUCAAAUAUUAAACAAAGUCGCUUAUGAAUUGGAUGAUAGAAUUAAAUCUAAGCUUCAAGUAGCUCAUGAGCGCGAGGCCGCCUUGGGCUCUUCUUCUGCUGCUUCCACAACCUCAGCUCCCCCUAAAAAGGAUACAAAAAAGAAGGACAAAAAAAAAGAAAAAAAGAAUACUAAAUAAUAGAAUCUGUUUUCUUGUUCCCUUUCCCUGUUGUCUUCAAAGACCUUUGAAUUCUUUCGGUCUUUCUUGCUUUCUAUGACUCUACUCCCUUACCGCCUUUUUGUAUUCCUUCCUACCGUUGGGUUUGUUUUGGAUUCUGGAUUUCAUUGCUUCAUAGUUGCAUUUAGAUAUCUAUCAAUCAAAUGCAUGGGUUGUUUUGUAAUUUCAUACUAG